CAGACCAGAUGCUGCGGAUUAUUGUGAUCUGAAUCAGGCUUGCUUUUACUCCAUGGCAUUAAUUCGUUCCACAAGAAUUGAUAUGUAUAAUGAGCUAUGAUCAUUUGCAUGUUUAAAAACUCUAAUAUUCCUCUGUUAUGUGGAGACCAAAGAACAUGUCCUUUUUCAUUCUUCUGCUGAGUAUUUUGCCAUUAUCACAAGCACAAGCAAUGUGCGACAUAAAGGCUGACCUAGCUUUUGUUAUCGACUCAUCGAGCAGUAUAUGGAAACCAAACUUUGAUGUACAAGUCGGGUUUCUGUAUGAUAUUCUGCGCUUGUUUGAUAUUUCACCUUCCAAAAUUCGAGUGGCGGCAGUGUCUUAUAGCAACAUCACAAUUCCCGAAUUUCAGUUCAACACAUUCAGCAACAAACAACAAGUUCUGAGUGCCAUCAAAGGCAUCAAAUACACAGGGGGUAGCGCCACCAGAACAUACAGGGCACUAGAGCUAAUGAAUGAUGUCAUUUUUACUUCAAAAAAUGGAGCUAGAAAUGAUGUAAUCAAGAUUGCCAUAGUGAUGACAGAUGGAGAGACUAACCCAGGAGGCUAUGAUGAUAAAUUGCCACUAGAGGUCGCUAUUGAGUGGACCCAAAACGAGGCUAAGGUUGCCAAAGCUAAUAGUGUAUACAUCUUUGCAGUAGGAGUAGGUAGCCUAAUUAACGACGAAGAAUUGAUUGGCAUCGCAAGCAAGCCAGAGUAUGUGAUUAAAGUUGAAACUUAUGAUGAAUUCAAAACAGAAAGCUUGAAGGAACUGGUUACUCUCAAAGCGUGUUCUGCUGGAGAAGUGACUACCCAGAAACCAACACGAUUGCCUGCAGAACAAUGCUUCAAAUUGGUUGCCGAUGUUAUAUUUGCCAUUGACCAAUCAACCAGCAUCGAAUCGCAGAAAAACUUUAGUCUGGAAUUGGACUUUGUUGUUAGAGUUGUGAAGCACUUUGAUAUUGGGAAUGACGAGACACGUGCUGGAGCUGUUGUUUUCAGUGACGAUGCGGACCGUGUCCUGGAACUCAAUGAUGGGGUGUCUAAAGAAACCGUGGUCCAGCGCAUACAAAAUAUACCGUGGGGACGGGGAAACACAUUCAUGGACAAAGCAUUCAUAAAGAUGAGAGAGGGGUUCUCGAAAGAAAAUGGCGGCCGUCCUGGACAGGUUCCUCAGAUCGCUGUAUUUGUUACCGAUGGAGUGGCCACUGAUCCAUAUACAGCUAUUGUGGAGGCGGACAAACUGAAGAGCCACGGGGUGGAACUCUUUGCUAUAGGUGUAAAGAGUGCCAAGUUGUCCGAAUUGAACAACUUGUCUAGUGACCCAGAUUCUCAGCACGUGUUCAGCGUUGACAGCCUAGAGGUGCUGUCCUCAAUCGUCAGUCGUCUGUCCAGUAGGGUCUGCAGCAGUAUCCAAGGGAAACGUUAUGAAACAACCCCUUGUUUCGUGGCUGGGGCGUUAUGUGCAAACAAGUGCAACAAGAAGGCAGAUAUAGCCUUUGUUAUUGAUUCCUCUAGCAGUAUUUGGCCACCAAACUUCGAUACACAGGUUCACUUUCUCUACGAUGUCUUAGACGCAUUCGACAUUUCUCCCUCCAAAACCCAAAUUGCUGCCGUGUCAUACAGUGACGUCAUCAAACCAGACUUUCAAUUCAACUCAUACAAGAGAAAAAAUGACGUCUUGAACGCUAUUCAAAAUAUUGUGUUCACUAAGGGUAGUGCAACACGAACCUACGAAGCUCUGAAGUACAUGAAUAACGAAAUCUUUACCUCUAAAAAUGGUGCGAGAGAUGACGUCAUCAAGAUAGCGAUAGUGAUGACGGACGGCGAGACGAAUCCGGGAUCCGUGGAUUAUAUAUCGUUAGAAAAAGCGAGAAAGAAGACCCUCGAAGAGGCCAAGCGAGCCAGAGACAAUGGCAUUUAUGUCUUUGCAAUAGGUGUUGGGAGUGGUGUCGUGGACGAGGAACUGUAUGGAAUUGCUAGUGAAGCUGGAGCUGUUAUGAAGGUCCCCACCUACGGAGAAUUCAAAACAGAUCAACUGCAAGAAAUGUUGGAGAAGAAAACAUGUGAAGUGGGGGAGUCAACAACGUUGAGACCAGUUACUCAAGCCAAACAGUGCUACAAACACAUUGCUGAUGUGAUAUUUGCUAUCGAUGAAUCAACAAGCAUUUGGUCCCAAAAGAACUUCAGCAUUGAACUAGACUUUGUAAAUGAUAUGAUCCAGUCUUUUGACGUUGCCUCUGACGAGACUAGAAUAGGUGCCCUUGUAUUUAGCACCACAGCUACCCGCUUCCUGGAGUUGCGAGAUGGUGUAGAUAAAGAAUCUGUUAAAAAUAUUAUCCACGGUCGCACAUGGGGACAAGGAAACACCUAUAUUGGCAAGGCCUUUCAAAAGAUGCGGGAGGGUUUCUCUCCGGCCAAAGGUGGUCGACCGGGUCUUGUCCCCCAGAUUGCAGUUCUGAUCACUGACGGCGAAGCCACUGAUACUUUCACAGCACAAGACGAAGCGAAAGCAUUAAAGCGAGAGGGAGUCACAAUAUUUGCAAUUGGAAUGAUGGGAGCGAAAAAAUCAGAACUGGUGAAGUACGCGAGUAGUGACGACAACGUGUUCUACGUGAACAACUUGCAGGCUCUAAGAAGCAUUUCUGAUGAGGUUUCCACGAGAGUGUGCGGAGCAGAACAAUCAUGAAGGUUUGCCACACAAAUCUGAUAAUGAAAUGUUCCUUGGAUAUGAAGACUGUGAUGCAAAGGAGAAACGAGUCCGCUUAGUUGAAAUCAAUUUCACAUUUAUGUCUCUGUUGUAUGUAAUUAAAUAUGCAAAUGUCA